CACCCCAUAUUAACUGUGCCACUGUAAACCUGUUUUUCUUCCCCAUUCUGAAAGCUGCUCACUAUUACGUGUUGUGCGUCAACAUGCGGAAGCGCAGGUUUGAAAUCAUUGAAAACUCCCCGGUAGCUGGUAAAAACGAGGAUAGAUAUGGCUCCAUUCCACAAGAAUUGCUCGAUAUGCUAUCAGCAUAUCUACAUAACAAAGGGCAGGGUUUACGAUCCGCCUUUGUUGACAAUAUGAGGGCUAUACGGAUGCAGAUGCCGUGGCGAGAUUGUAAACACAGAGAAGAUAGCGGGGUUUACACAAUGAGACACAUGGAAGCGUACAUGGGCGAGAAGUGUAAGGAUUGGGAUUGUGGCUUGCAGAAGGGGGACCGGAAUGAGCUCCGGAAGCUGCGCCAGAGAUACUUGCACGACAUAUUGUUGUCCGAAAUCAAUGGGAACCAGGAAUCAAUUGUUGUACGUACCAAAGCAUACAUUCGCCAGAACAAAGCGUGGCGACAAUGA